CACAUCAGUUCAUGGGGCCCCGCCCCCUCUGUGUCAGGUAGUCCGGCUCCUGUCAGUGUUCCGGUGUGUGCUCCGCGCGGCUCAGGAGAUAAAAUGGAUUUGGUUCUGAACGUCGCAGACUACUAUUUCUUUACACCAUACAUGUACCCCGCCUCGUGGCCUGAACAUGAUGCGUUUCGUCAGCUCAUUAGUCUUUUUAUUGUAACCAACCUCGGCGCUCUGGUCAUCUACUUCCUGUUCGGAAGUCUCAGUUACUAUUUCAUUUUUGAUCAUUCUCUGAUGAAACAUCCCCAGUUCUUAAAGAAUCAGGUACGAAGAGAGAUUGUGUUUUCUGUCAAGUCCAUGCCCUGGAUUAGCAUUCCUACAGUUGCACUGUUUUUCGCAGAAGUGCGCGGAUACAGCAGGCUCUAUGACGACAUUAACAGCUCUCCCUAUGGCUGGUUCGGCGUUAUCUUGAGUAUGAUUUCUUUUCUGUUCUUCACUGAUAUGUUAAUUUACUGGAUCCACAAGUUUUUACACCACAAGCUGUUCUACAAGACAUUUCAUAAGCCUCAUCAUAAGUGGAAAGUGACGAGCCCUUUUGCCAGUCACGCUUUCCAUCCCGUGGAUGGAUUUGUGCAGAGUUUACCUUAUCACAUAUACCCCUUCCUCUUCCCUUUACACAAAAUAACCUACCUUGGCCUCUACAUAUUUGUCAAUAUUUGGACAGUGUCUAUUCACGAUGGAGAUUAUCGUGUCCCAAAGUUUCUUGAGCAAGUGAUAAAUGGCUCUGCUCACCACACUGACCAUCACCUUUAUUUUGACUACAACUUUGGCCAAUACUUUACGCUCUGGGAUAAAAUUGGAGGGUCCUACAAGAACCCCUCAUCUUUUGAAGGCAACGGUCCACACACGCUUUGCAAGAAACUGGAGGAAGAGGAGAAAAAGUUCCGUAAAGGCAAAUCUCCUGAAAAUGCUAUCAUUGAAAAUGGUAAAAAUAAGUAAUUGAAAGUCUUGAAAAGAUGGAAUAUAAUAAAGAUGCCAAUAACAAAUUACAAUUAAAAAGAGAAUUUUCUUUUAAUUCUUUUUAAUACAAAUUUAAUUGGAAAUGGUGCAUCUAAUUCCCCACUCAGUAGCCUGAUGUUGAGGAAAAUGAAAUAGCAUAAAUGUUGUUGCACAAUUUCCAUUUUCUACCACUAUUUAUUGUGUACAUUUUAUAAAAAUGCUGCGGCUUUGCAGUAAAUCUUGUCACAUACACAUGUGUGUAACUAGCGCCGCAGGAGGCGCACGUCAUAUUUACUGGCUACAUAGGAGACUUCUACUAUUUGCCCUUCUACUAUGAAAGCAGAUUAUUAAGAAAUAAAUGUAACUUUAUAAAGUACAGGAUUAUUGUGUUUGUAAAUGUCACUCACAGGGAAUAAUACCCGGCGGCCGGAAGGCUGGACUUUGUAUAAGAAUCUUUAAUAAGCUAUUUUCAUACUACAGGAAUUUAUCACCUUUUACAUUUUUAUUUGAUUUACAUUCAUAUAUUUUUUACAUCAUUUCCCCAUAUUUACAAAUGUUGCUGCGGUUUGUAUUUUCCAUGUAUUCAGAUUAUACUGAUCACAUAUGCACAGUUCAGAACUCUGCGUCUUUUCCAUACGUUAUUUACUCACUGUAUAACAUCUGCAAAAUGCUUAGAAAACGCGAGCUCGGGUCUGUUUUCUAGUGACCCAUAAAAAGUAGCGAGAGCGGUCAGUGUAAUUGCUCCAGUAACGACUACAUUCCUCUGUGCUAUACGCUGUAUGAUGGGACUGUAAAUAAUGUAUUUUGUGCAAAUAAAUCACUUUAUAUUUUAUAUGACAAAUGCUCUGCUCCUGUAAUUGUCACAGACUAGAUUUUAUGAAAAUUCAUUAGGGUUUAUUUAAAUAAAAUGAAUUAUUUUAGCUUCUCA